AAAACUCCAUUCACUCACUGAAUCCAGGGAAGAGAAGUUUGGAGCUGCCACCGGCUGGUGCUCAUUGAGCUCGUGGUGCUCAGAGCAGAAAACACUCGGAUGAGUAAAAAAAAAAAUUCGUUUUCACGGGAGAGCGAUGUUUCAGAAGACUGGUGGAUCAUGAAGGUGGACACAGACAUGAUGGUGCAUAAGUAGAACAUGUCCAACUGCUGGCUUUUAACAUUUGCCUGAGGACAAAAAUAGAGAGCACCACCCUUCCAUCCCUGUUAAAUGAGCAUUGAGGAAGAUGAUGAUGAUGAUCCAGGCUCCCUGUAGGAAAGGUCUGCAGUUGUGUUUACUCCUGCUGCUGCUGGGAAAACUGCAGGGCAGGGUAACAGCACCGCAGCAUCUGGAAGCUCCAGUGGAGAAGCCUUUCACUCUGACCUGCAGCGUUUCACGGGAUCGAGGUGAAACCUUGAAGCAGGUGCGUUGGCUUGAUGUGCAGAACCAGACCCUGCUGAGCUACCAACCCGGUCUCAGAGACAGCGUGAGUGGACAGCAGCAUGUGGAGCUUGCCACUUCCCCAAAGGACUCCUCAGCUAUCAUCAUCCGCAGAGUAGGCUUCCGCGAUGAGGGCUGCUACACCUGCAUCUUUGACAUGCAUCCUUCUGGUUCAAAGCAGGGUCAGACCUGCCUCACUGUUACAUCACAAGUCACUGGUGAGAGCAACAAAACAGCCGUGAGUGGCAAGAAGGUGUCCCUGUCGUGCUCCUAUGGUUUGCCGGAGAAAGUGCAGCAGGUCAUAUGGCGAUACACUCCUGCACAAGGAGAAUCCACAGACGUGGCCUCUUUUGCGAAGCGCAGCGACCCCAUGAUUGAGCCUCCAUACCAGGGAAGGGUCUGGCUCAGUGCCUCCCUGUCUGAUAGCCAGCUCACCAUCCAACCUGUCACUAUCCAGGACGAAGGCUGCUACACCUGCAUGUACAACACUCAUACUGAAAAACCAAAGAGCACCAGAGUUUGCCUCUCCACCUACGUGCUUCCCAAACCACAGGUGAGCUAUAAGACCACUUCUCCAGGUGUGAUUGAGGCCAACUGCACCUCAGUAUCACGCCCGCCGGCUGAGAUUGUGUGGAACGCGGAGAGAGAUAACCGCACAAUGGGCCCCCCUGUGACCACACAGCUCCCCCAGGGCGACGGGACCACUCUGGUCAUCAGCACAUUGACCGUACGGUCAGGACUGCUAAAAGACGUGUCUGUCAAAUGCUUGGUGCACCACAAAGGACUAGAGUCACCGAUUGCUGUAUCCAUGAACACUAAAAUUGGGACAGCUCUCACCAUCCUGAUCUCAGUCACCACAGUAGCAGCUCUGUUGGUCAUGUCCCUCUGCUUUUGCCUGUGGAAGUGUUUUUUGCGCAAAGAAGAGGAUUGAUUUUUCACAACAGUCAAGGGACGGAAAAGAGGAGCCAGAGCUACUCAGAGCCAACGUUGCAGAACUGUUUCCUUGCGUUAUCAUUAUCAUCAUCAUCAUUACAAAUUGAAGAUGUCCUGACACACCUCUGAUGGCGUGUCCUACACAAUCGUAUUUAUGAGCACCAACUGUUGGACUUUCAACUCUGCACCUGACUCUUAAGUAACAUCCAGGCUGUCCUCAUGAAGACAAAUGACAAAUUAAAGGGCAGUAGCUUUGCUGUUACUGCAUGUUCUGUC